AUGUUCAACUUCACGCCAUUACUGGGCGCUCAGGCGGAGUCGGCAGCGUCGCAGUCGCUGCUUGAACUCGAUGGAGGCAUCAAGGUGCUGGUGGACGUGGGCUGGGAUGCGGCAUUUGAUGCGCAGAGGCUAGACGCUAUAGAGAGGCAGACAUCCACCCUGUCUCUCGUACUGCUCACACAUGCUACCACCGAGCAUCUAGGCGCAUACGCGCACUGCUGCAAGCACAUUCCCCUCUUCAGCAAAGUGCCCGUCUAUGCUACCACGCCAGUGAUCAAUCUCGGUCGGACACUGUUGUUAGACUUGUAUGCAUCGUCACCGCUCGCGGCGUCCAUCAUACAUACCUCUUCCAUAUCGUCUUCGUCGACAACGAGCAAGGCCGACUCCUCGCCCAACCUCUUACUCCAACCUCCUACUCCAGAGGAGAUCGCCACGUACUUCGCUUCUAUCAAUGCGCUCAAGUACAGUCAACCACACCAACCAGUAGCGUCAUCAUGGUCACCCGCACUAGGUGGGUUGACCAUCACCGCAUACGGAGCGGGUCAUACGCUCGGAGGAACAGUAUGGCACAUCCAGCAGGGGCUAGAGAGCAUUGUCUAUGCCGCAGACUGGAACCAAGGUCGAGAGAAUCUGCUGCCGGGUGCAGCCCUACUGUCAGGAGGUCAAGAAAUCAUUGAGCCCUUACAGCGACCUACAGCGCUCAUCUGCUCCUCGAAAGGUGUGGAGAAGGCUCAAUCGCAGUCGCGAAAGGAUCGGGAUGGCAUGCUCCUGAGUCUUGUGAGGGAUACCAUUGCGCAAGGUGGCAAGGUGCUUAUACCCACCGACUCCUCAGCGCGCAUGCUCGAGCUGGCAUUCCUUCUGAAUGAGGCAUGGAAAGAGAACCUAGACGGGCCACAUGCGGCCACUUAUCGAAGCGCAAGGGUCUACAUGGCGAGCAAGAGCGGCUCCGCAUCCAUCCGUUAUCUUCAAAGCAUGCUCGAGUGGGUUGAGGAGUCUGUGAGAGCCGAAGCGGAGGCGCACCUUACGAAGACUAAGGGUUCAACCAACCCGCUGAACUGGCAGCAUGUCAAGUUGGUGGAGCGCAACAGCACACUCGAGAGGGCCGUGCAGCGGUCCCAGCCAUGUGUUUUCCUUGCAAGCGAUGCGAGCCUCGAGUGGGGGUUCUCCAGGUUGGCACUUGAGUCGCUUGCAACAGAUACCAAGAACCUGGUCAUUUUGACGGAGAAGUCGGCUCCCGGCAGCCCACCACAGUCGAGCAUUAGUCGACAGUUGUGGGAUCUGUGGCAGAGCCGUCAGGGUCAGGGUCACACUUCCUCGAGUGGCGCUCGGCUUGUGGACACAGAUGGCACGGCGAUUGGGCUCCAAGAAGCUAGCACCGCUCCGCUGAGUGACGCUGAGAGGGCGCUCUAUGAGACGUACAUCACCCGUCAACGACAGCUGCACAGCACAAUGCAAGGCGACAACACCUUAGCCGACGCAACAGCGCCCGAUGUCGCCGAACAACAAGACGAAGAGGAGUCUGAAUCAGAGGACGAAGAUGAAGAUGCCGAGCACCAAGGUCGUGCUCUUAACUUGUCGGCGCAAAUGACGCAGUCCAGCAAACGCAAGGCUGCCCUCUCAGACGCGGAGCUCGGCGUCAACGUCUUGUUGCGUGGCAAAAGCGUGCAUGACUAUGAUGUACGCAACAAGCGAGGCAGAGAGAAGAUGUUUCCUUUCGUCGCUCAUCGGACGAGGAAUGACGAAUUUGGCGACCUCAUCAAGCCAGAGGAGUACCUACGCGCCGAAGAGCGCGACGAGGUGAACGGCGUCGACAUGCGCGAUGGUAACAAGGAAGACCUCGCUGUCGGCAAGAAGCGGAAAUGGGAUGACGCUUCUACCUCCGGUCCGAAGGCGACGGGCGAGUCUGCGGGCAACAAAGCACAAAACGGUACACCUGGAGACGGCAGCGACGAAGAUGAAGAGAGCGACUACGAGCCCGAAGAGCUCAUGCCAGAAGGCCCGCAGAAAGUGGUCUUCACAUCCCGCAGUCUAGCCUUGCGACUUCGAAUAGCUCACGUUGACUUCGCCGGUCUGCACGAUCUUCGAGCAUUACAGAUGAUCAUACCAUUGAUGCGACCACGUAAGCUCAUUUUGAUCUCUGGCGAGCGAAGUGAGACACAGACGCUGGCUUCGGAGUGUCGGCGCUUGCUAACGGAAGGAACGGAGUCGGCGGGCACUGACAUCUUCACGCCGGCGGAGGGCGAGGUGGUGGAUGCGAGCGUUGACACGAACGCUUGGACGCUGAAGCUGAGUCGGCAGCUUGUGAAAAAGCUAACGUGGCAGAACGUCAAGGGUCUGGGUGUCGUGGCUCUGACGGGCAGAUUGGAUGCCGAAACGGCAGCAGAAGACGCGGUAAAGGAGGAAGAGGAGAACGCAAAGAAGAAGGUGAAGCUCGAAAGUGGCAACGAUGAACUUGUAAAGCCAGCAAGAAGCAUGACAGCCACGAGCGUUCCAAUCCUCGAUCUUCCCAACUCCACGGCGAACGCGGCUCAACAGCACCAGCGUGUCACACAACCCGUCCAUGUUGGCGAUAUGCGGCUCGCAGACCUACGACAAGCAUUGCGUGGAGCGGGCCAUGAAGCCGAUUUCCGCGGCGAAGGUACGCUGCUGGUCGAUCAGGCGGUUAUUGUACGCAAGUCCGCGAGUGGACGUAUUGAGAUUGAGAGUGCGGCAAGGGGUCUGCAGCAGCCAGAAUGGAGGACACGAGAGAAUACAGGCAGCUUCUAUGCGGUGAGAAAUGCUAUCUAUAGCGGUCUUGCGGUUGUUGCUGGCGUGUAA